AUGGCCGCCCAUAAUGAGCCGCUGCGAAACUCGCUUUACAGUAUCGGAGCAGCCAGCUUGCUUCCUGUAACUCACGAUUCGUCGCUGCGCGCCGCCGAAAUUCACUAUCGGCUCAAGGCGAUUGAUGGCAUGCAAGCCACGAUACGUGAAUUGGGGGUUAGAUGCUACAGCGUUGAAGAAAUGUCCAAUGUACGGCAAGGUCUUCUUGGAUGUGCAAGACUUCUAUCGUGGUAUGCUCCAGACAAAGACGAAUAUGUUGGUCUCUUAAGAGGUUCUGAUGCUCUCGACCGAUCACUAUCUCAACGGGAUCCUGAGACCAUUGAUCCGAAGAUGCAGAAUUUCCAAUCGCCAUCCAAGCCUGAUCAGGUGCCGGAGACCCAGGGACAUCAGCUCCUGGACCAGCUGCAACGGUCAACACAUUAUCUAGCAAGACGUUGCAAAGAUGAUGAAGAGCUUCGCGCAGCGGUCACAGAGCUUGGCUGUCUGGUUUCGAAUUUUCGCCAUUUCUCUCUUCAAUAUAGCUCUCUUGAGGACGCCCUAGGCACCAUGUACGCCGCUCGUAGCUGGUUGCGCUUCGUUCCCAAUGCCACAAGUCGCCUCGCAGCGCGCGACCCUCUUGUGAUAUUGGUUCUCGCACACUGGGAACUACUCACCUACAUCAUGUUGACGAUGGUGUCAUGUGAUGUGCGCGCCCUCUCGAUGCAAGAGAGGGAGAGGAGCGUCAUCAAUCUGCUACGCUGUCUCAGUGACGCGUCCCUGCUCCAGCAGCAGCCUAUUAACGCUGUCAAUGUGAGGAUAGCUAACCAGCAUAAUAAAGCUCGUCUCAAGUGGGUGGCAAUCGCCGAGUUGAGUUUGCAAUCGUGCGGCGCCAAUACAACGCCGCAGCCUGGUAUGGUGAGCAACGAACAUACAUGCUAA